AUGUGCAGGCAACACAAUUUGGCUAACUGGCGAGAAAAUCCUAACCUUCGCCUCCUUCACCUUACAUAUGAUGUUCUCCCACCUGGCUUAGUCACUGCCGUCGUCACUGAGCUGGGCACUUUGCCCACCACCUCAGUCCCGGUCGUACUUCGUGUUAAGCAAGCGGCCGCAGCUGCUGCGGUGGCUUCAAAUCCUAUUGUAACCACCUUUGCUUAG